AUGGAGCAACAGAGCAACCAGAAGACGGCCCAACAACAAGAUGAACACGAAGAAAUGCAGCACGGCCCUGUCCCCGUUGAACAACUUCAGACGUCAGGUAUAGCUUCCAUUGAUGUAAAGAAGCUUAAAGACGCGGGUCUUUGCACAGUUGAAGCUGUUGCAUACUCUCCAAGAAAGGAUCUUCUGCAGAUCAAAGGAAUCAGCGAAGCUAAAGUUGACAAGAUCAUUGAAGCAGCAUCCAAACUUGUGCCUUUGGGUUUUACUAGUGCUAGUCAGCUCCACGCUCAGAGACUCGAAAUCAUUCAGAUUACUUCCGGAUCAAGAGAACUUGAUAAGAUAUUGGAGGGAGGAAUCGAGACUGGAUCUAUUACUGAGAUAUAUGGUGAGUUCCGUUCUGGAAAGACCCAGCUGUGUCACACGCUUUGUGUCACUUGCCAACUCCCAUUGGAUCAAGGAGGUGGUGAGGGAAAAGCAAUGUACAUUGAUGCUGAGGGUACAUUCAGGCCACAGAGACUCUUACAGAUAGCAGAGAGGUUUGGACUCAAUGGUGCUGAUGUCUUGGAGAAUGUGGCAUAUGCUAGAGCUUAUAACACGGACCAUCAGUCAAGGCUCUUGCUUGAAGCAGCUUCCAUGAUGGUAGAAACAAGGUUUGCUCUCAUGAUAGUAGAUAGUGCUACAGCCCUCUACAGAACAGAUUUCUCAGGAAGAGGAGAACUUUCAGCCCGGCAAAUGCAUCUUGCAAAGUUUCUACGGAGCCUACAGAAGUUAGCAGAUGAGUUCGGUGUGGCUGUUGUUAUCACAAAUCAAGUAGUUGCACAAGUGGAUGGUUCUGCAAUCUUUGCCGGCCCUCAAGUUAAGCCUAUUGGUGGUAACAUCAUGGCGCAUGCUUCCACAACAAGGCUUGCUGUCCGGAAAGGAAGAGGCGAGGAGCGGAUCUGUAAAGUAAUAAGUUCUCCUUGUCUGGCUGAGGCCGAAGCACGGUUUCAGAUCUCUCCGGAAGGUGUCACUGAUGUCAAGGACUAA